AUGCUGUCCUCACUGCUGAACAGCACCAACAGUGAGCCAACGCAUGCGUCCAGCCCAGGUAGUGCUCGUCUGUCAUCACCGGGCAAACAAAAUUCCGUCCCCUGGUCGCCCCGUGCUUCCAAGUCUCCCGUCAAGCAGAGCGAUGCCUCCUUGGACGCACACAGCCAUGGCAAGAACGCCGGUCCUUCAUCGGCGUCACCAUCGACGCCCUCCCGUGCUGCGCUGGGCAAUUUGAUCCAUGCGACCGACCAGGAACCACGUGCUACCCCGACUCCGAACGGCGACCAUGCCACUAACAACCACCACUCGUCUCAAAGCACCAGUAACGACCACGGCAACAGCAGUAACACUCUGGAGGACGGCGACGUUACCAUGGACGAUGCGCCCGACGAGGAUCUCGUUGAGCAGGCCAUGCGCGACACGGCCGACAUGUCCGACGAGGGAGAGGGCGAGGGGGAAGGCGAUGAGGACGACGACGACGAUGAGGAUGACGACGACGAUGACGAGGAAGACAGCGAGGACGAUGGCGACGAUAGUGACAGUUCUGUGAGUUGCCUCAACUUGCGCCCCAAGCUGACUGUGCAGGAGAUCAUCGUUGUUGACGGACCCAACGGAGAGGCUGUGGCGGAUUCGUCGGCAGCUAUCCGCGUCAAGUCGGAACCCGCCGACGGUGCCUCCGGCACUGCCGCCGACGGCGACAAGGUCAAUGCUGAUGAGGAAGGCGAGGUCGUGAACGUCUUGCAGCCUAAGAAGAAAGGCAAGCGUCGCGCUCGCUCAGAGUCCGAGGAUGAGGACCUUCCUCCACCGCCACCGCCGAUGCCGACCAUCCGCCUCGAGGUGUCGAUGAAUACGGACGAGGACACGCUGGACUGGAACUUUGCCGAGCACGCGGCCGCCGCUGGUUACCACAUCACGAAUGCUUGGGGAGAAGACCCGUUGGCGCAGGGUGACGUCGUCAUGGCUGAGGGCGCUGGCGAUGAGACCCCCUUGCCUCCGGCGUCUGCGCCCCCCGACCUCAUGGGACCUUUGCCUCCUGGCAUGAACGCGGACGAGGCGCGCGAGAUGGAGGAGAUCGCUCGUCGUCUCGAGGAGAAGUAUGACAAGCCGACGAAGAGGAAGAAGCGCCGCAUGCGCGUUGAGUACGACUUAAGCGACCCGUUCAUCGACGAUUCGGACUUGCAGAUCGAUGCGCCGACGCACGUCGCUCGACCGAAGAAGGAAGGCUUCUUUGUGCACCUCGGCGCGCUCGAGCUCAUGGAGGAGUCGCCCGUUAAGCGCAAGUACGCAAAGCCCAAGGCGCCGAAGAAUGCCGGACUCGCGCCGCGCAAGAGUCUGUCGACCGCUGUGCGGGAAAAGCUGCUCGAGAAGGGACACACGCAACACGGCUCUGCGCACUCACCCAUCCCGAUCGACAGCGACGACGAGACGCCGCCAAGCAUCCGCGUCAUCAAGCGCUCGCCGUCGCCCGAGGCGACCGAGCUCGACCGCUAUCCUGUCGACCGCACGCUGUACAAGAACGCGUCCCGCGAGCCCAAGUACCUCCCGCCGUUCGACGAGUUCCCGGACGAUGUGCGCCACUACCUCAUGUCUCUGCGCAGAGAUAGCAACGUGUGGGACCCGCAUAACAAGGGCAAGUUCCCGGACCACCUGAAGGCUCCUUUGAAGCGUGCCGGCGAGGCUGCGUUCCAGCACGAUCUGCUCUGCACGGUGGACAAGGAGGCGCAGGAUAGUGGCUACGAGAAGUACCAGGAGAAGGCGUUCGUGACUGCGCUGUGCAGUAUCCUGCCUUACAACCGCCUGACGCUCGGCAAGCUCGUUCUCAAGUUAUGCUACCACGACUACUGGCGGUGGCUGCAGGCGAACGAGGUCGAGGGUCUGCGGCAGUGGAAGGAGAUGCUGGAUCCCGAGAUCCCGGCCAUGGUGCAGGCGUACGAGGACGCUGUCGAGGCGCACAAGAAUGCGACCGAGGAUGCGCCGCAGGAACUGAUCGACGAGCUCCCCGAGGCGGGCAAGAAAGAGCGCGAGCCGCCCAAGAAGUUACCCUUCUUCUCCCCAGAGUUGAGGGAACUGUACCGCCAGCUCGUUGAGAACACGCAGGAGAUGGUCGACAUCAACAAGAAGAUGGAGGAAUGGGGACAGAAGAUCGAGGGACAGUCGAGCGAGCUGAACAUGAGGCGUGCGCUGUACAACAAGCAGAUCGGCAAGCUCUACCCCGAGGGAUACAUGACGUCUCUCACCCUCUCGCGUCAAUGUAAGUUAGGCCCGCGACGGUCCAAACUAACAACAGUCACCAACUUCAAGCGGCAGGCGCAGAGCAAGGCCGGCGCCGAGAACGGAGACAAGUAG